CUUGAGAAUGGCAGUCUGUGGAUACAAGACGUGCUUCUAGAAGAUAAAGGCUAUUACGUCUGCGAAGCCAAUAGCGGUAUCGGAGUUACUCUCAAUAAGGGAAUCUACAUCACCGUACAUGGUCAGUACUUACAUGUUGCCAGCAAGGUUUUCCACAGCAUUUCACAAUGUUACUGCGAGAAAAGGCAGCACUGCAAUACUGGACUGCGUAGCUGACGGAGAUAAACCACUAGAAAUAAAAUGGCACCAUGCAAACCGCUUGCUUAAACCGGAUCACGUAAAAAUGGACGUGAAGGAAGAAAAGCUGGAUUUUGGGCUUCGCUCAAAACUGACGAUAAAGCAUGUUCAUCGAGACGAUUCGGCUUUAUUCGGAUGCUUAGCCAGCAAUAAAUAUGGCAGUGACCGCAUGGAAUUCCAUCUGAUUGUUCAAGAAAACCCAGAACCACCAUUUAACGUUCGUUUGAUUAAUUUUUCGAGCAGAACAGCCAAUAUUAGCUGGGAGAUGCCUUAUGAUGGAAACAGCCCGAUACACACUUUCAUUAUACAGAUCAAAAAUGUUUCAGGUUCUUGGGAGAAUAGUCGACGUGCAGCAGUGAGCGGCACUCAGAAGAAAGCUUCCGUCAUUGGGCUUCAUCCUGCUCAUAGCUACCAGCUGCGUGUACUUGCAGAAAAUUCUGUUGGUGUAUCUAACGCAAGUGACGUCGUGUCUGUUACGACAACAGAAGAAGUACCCGGUGGGCCACCUCGUGAUAUACAAAUCAAAGUGAGAAAUUCGGAGGCCCUGCUUAUCACUUGGAAGCCGCCAGAAAUUCAUCUGCAACAUGGUGAAAUCACGGGGUACCAUGUCGGUUAUCGAGUGAGAAAUUCAACAGGCCCUUUCCAUUUUAAGACCUACGAAGUAAUUCCAGGUACAGAUCUGCAAAUAACCUUGUCAAAUUUGCGCAAGUUCACCGAAUACAAUAUCGUCGUGCAAGCUUAUAACAGGGCUGGUGCAGGACCACGGAGUGAGGAAUACAUUGCUUCAACUGACGAGGACGUUCCCGGAGCUCCUCCAACUGAUGUACAGUGCACAGCUUUAUCAGCAUAUAGCAUUCUGGUUCUGUGGUCACCACCUCCUGCCAAGGAAAUAAAUGGCAUCCUAGUGGGCUACAGAGUUGUAUACCAUGCACUUUCCAACUGGGAUGAUAUGAUUACCAUGGAUGAACAUACAACAAUAGAGAACAAGUUAGAACUUUUGGAUCUCGUUCCUUUCUGUAAUUAUAGCAUAGAAGUGAAAGCCUUCACACGAAAGGGGGAUGGAGUGCCUAGUCGACCUAUCUUCUGCCGAACACAGGAAGAUGUUCCAGGAGAACCUGAAGACAUUAAGGCACUGGUUAUGGAUUCAAGAACGAUACUAUUGUCCUGGAGAGCUCCUAAAUAUCCGAACGGAAGAAUUAAGAAAUACAAAGUAUACAUGCGGUCCAUAGAUGGGGUUGGAUUGGACAGGGAUCAGUACGAUUUGCCUUCAGAGCAGACCUACUACAGUAUAUCACAUUUGGAAACUCAUCACAGAUACGAAUUUUGGGUAACUGCCUUCACUAUCGUCGGAGAAGGCAAUCCAUCGAGACGAGUGGUACAGGCACCAACCAACCACGUUCCAGCCAGAAUUGCUUCAUUCAGUGAAUCGAUGACGGUGGCAUGGAAGGAAGAGCUUAGACUGCCAUGCUUAACAGUGGGACAACCCGCUCCACUUUUACAUUGGACUAAAAAUGGAAAAACUGUCCAAGCAAACAGACAUGUACAGAUCAAUUCUGAGGGUACAGUUUAUAUCAGCUCCGUGCAGAGCACGGAUGCAGGAAACUAUUCUUGUUCAGCAGAAAACGUUUUCGGGAAGGAAGAAAUUGUAUAUUCCGUAUCUGUCCAAGAGAGCAGAAGCAAAGGCAUUCCAUCUGCUCCAACAGACUUUCAAGCAGCUUCUCAGUCUACAUCCACCAUCAGUCUGUCAUGGCUGCCACCUCCAUCAAGAGGGAGUACUGUAAAAGGUUAUUAUCUACAUUUCAAAAGAGAAUUUGGUGAGUGGGAGAAGAUAAAGAUCCCUGCUCAUGAAUCACAUUUCACUUUAAAAAAUCUCCAGUGUGGUACCAGACAUCAGUUCUAUCUUCAAGCAUUUAAUCAGCUAGGUCAGAGUUCUCCAACCCCUACAAUAUCACAGCGGACUCAAGGUUCUGCUCCAGUAGCACCUAACAUUUUUGACCUCAUACAUGUCAAUUCAACCUCAAUUUCUCUAAAUGUUUCAUCAUGGGGUGAUGGUGGCUGCCCCAUUACAUCAUUUGUUGUGGAAUAUAAAUUGAAACAUGGAGUGGACUGGACAUUGGUGUCAAAUAACGUCAAGUUCGACCAAACAGAAUUUUUGGUGCUUGACUUGAAUCCAGAGACAUGGUAUACACUUCGAAUGACUGCACAUAAUAGUGCUGGAUCAACUAUCUACAAAUAUGAUUUUGUAACUCUUACUCAUUCAGGAGCUAUUGUUGCUCCAGAGCUAAUUGUUCACUCUGGUUAUGGGCAAGGUAGUUUACUGAAUGAUUUAGGAAUAAUAAUACCAACAGUGUCUGCCUUAGUAAUCAUAGUUGUUUCUGGUGCUGGAUUUUUCUUGUACAUGAGGAAAAAACAGGAAAUGUUUCAAGCGAAUAAAUAUGGAGAGAAACCAUCAGAGAUAGGACUUGUACCUGAUGUUGGGAAGGUUGGAGGAUGUGAAUCUGAUACAACUGCAGGAGGCAGUAAUGGCUGUAGUGGAAUGAUGAGCUCAAGUCCACAUGAAUCAGUCUGCUUGCCCACACCAAUGCGCGUGUCAUUGGGACGCAGGCAAGAUAUUAGUCCAUAUGCAACUUUCCAGGUCCCCAAUUCCAUGGGGAGUGAAGGUGCAGUGGAAGGUGUCCCACUCACUAUGGACCAUUGCUCUCAGGGUCAGCCUCUGGAAGGAGUCAAUGUUGACAUAUACAAGUAUGGCAGCAGUGCAGAUUCUGUCUACACAAAAAUUUGUAAAACAUCACAGUAUGAUGAUGAUGCUGUGGACUGGAUCCCACUUCACAGUUUGUACAAAUCCCACAGGUACUGACAUUAAACUGUUUUGUGGCAAGCAGGCCUCUGUCUUCCAAACCAUUUCCUCCAAUUUGUGACAUUUGCGUACAAACAAAUGAGGAGGAGUUUAUGGAUUUAAUGGUCUACAAUACAUUCAAGUGCCUUUUUCUAAAAUUUUGUGAGUACAGUUUUCAAGUUGCCAGUCAAAAGAAAAUAUUUCCUCAGCUACACCUUAAGUGCCCACUGUGUACAAGUGCUUGAGGCUUCUGCACCCUCAAUGUUAUGCAGUACACUGAAGCACAAUAACUGGAAGAAUAAUGUGAGAAACAUAUACAUACAAAGGCUUAAAAAUAUGUGUCAAUUUCUCAGUGUUCCCUUCCAUUUGUAUGGCAUACAUUUCACAAUAAAUGCAUGUGGAAUAGCUGGAAAAUCCCUUUGCAAUAUUUGUUGCAUCAUUGUUGUGACUAUAUAAUACUACUCAUUAUUGUAUAAAUUUUUAUAAUUGAUUGUAGCAGUAUUUGUGUCACUGAGUUUUUCAAGAAGUCCUGUGCAGAUGUAUACAAUACAAUAUACCAAAAUAAUGCAAUCCACAAGUAUUUAUUUUGGACAUAUUAAAUAAAUACUUCAGUAAGUGUACUUCAAUGGGGUAAAUAAUCACACAUCAUUAGUGUUUUAAGUUUUGAAUGCAACAGUGUUAACCAUGUUGUCAUGAAUGAAGUCAUGCUCACAGGAAGUUAACAGGUAUGCUGACAUUUAGAACAGGCCAUAAUGUCGCAGUGAUUAAAAAUGAUAAGUAAAAUAUGUGAAUUGAAGAUGGCAUCUAUGGUAUUGUUUGUCAAGUAUUUGACAUAAGAAAUGCUCUUCUGUUUUGUAAACUUGUUACAUGAUGUAUGUCUGUUUAUCUCACCAGAUAAUACUUUGAAGCUUCUUGUACUUCUUGAAAAUUCAAACAACAACAGAUGGAAGUAACUUUUAACCAGA